AUAUNCUUAAGUUUUCCUCACACAGGACAAGAUAAAACGGUGGUUUAUAGAACGGCGAGCAAAGAAUUUAAGGGUAGAAUUUUUGGCGUAAUAUUGGAGCCACACAGAAAUGGCGGAGCUUAUUCAGAUGCCCUACGACGUCACUGUCCGUCUUGCAUUGGCUUCUCUCGAACGGAAUUUGUUGCCGGACGCUGUCGUAAGAAGGUUCACCCGCUUGUUACUCGCCUCUCGUCUUCGCUCCGGUUACAAGCCUUCCUCUCAACUUCAACUCUCCGAAUUGCUCCAUUUCGUACACUCUUUAAAGGAAAUGCCCAUAGCAAUCAAGACUGAUAAGCCAAAAGCUCAACACUAUGAAGUACCGACCUCCUUCUUCAAGUUGGUUUUGGGUAAAAAUCUCAAGUACAGUUGUUGCUAUUUCAAUGACAAGUCAAGUACUUUGGAGGAUGCUGAGGAUGCAAUGCUACAAAUGUAUUGCGAAAGGUCACAACUGAAGGAUGGUCACACAGUUCUUGAUGUUGGAUGUGGCUGGGGGUCACUCUCAUUGUACAUUGCCCAAAAGUAUAAGAAUUGCAGGGUAACAGGAAUUUGCAAUUCAACCACGCAGAAAGCUUAUAUUGAGGAUCAGUGCCAGGAUCUUCAACUGCAUAAUGUCAACAUCAUAGUUGCAGACAUUAGCACAUUUGAAAUGGAAGCUGAAUAUGACAGAAUAUUUUCCAUUGAAAUGUUUGAACAUAUGAAGAACUACAAGGAUCUUCUCAAGAAAAUAUCAGUUUGGAUGAAACAGGAUAGUCUCCUUUUUGUUCAUCAUUUUUGCCAUAAGGUUUUUGCCUACCACUUUGAGGAUGUAAAUGAAGAUGAUUGGAUUACUAGAUACUUCUUCGAAGGUGGUACAAUGCCUUCCGCAAAUGUACUUCUCUAUUUCCAGGAUGAUGUUUCGAUUGUAGACCAUUGGCUUGUGAAUGGCAAACACUAUUCUCAAACAAGUGAAGAGUGGCUCAAAAGAAUGGACAAGAAUGCGGAUUCAAUAAAACCAAUCAUGGCAGCUACUUAUGGCAAGGACUCGGCUGUAAAGUGGACUGUUUAUUGGAGAACAUUCUUUAUUGCAGUGGCUGAGUUGUUUGGGUACAACAAUGGAGAAGAAUGGAUGGUUAGCCAUUUCCUGUUCAAGAAGAAAUGAUAGCAAGCAACAAAUAGCUCCUAUAAUCUAAGCGUCCAUAGAAGAAGGUGCGAUUUUUAUGGUUUUGGAUUUUAUUUCUUCCUUGAACUAUUAAUUUGGUGAAGCGAUAUGAUCCAAUAUUUCCUGUUUAUUACAAUAUUUAUAUUAGCGCAGUGUAUGGAUGAUGAUAUUUGUUACGUUAGUCAGAUUGUUGGGACCACGUGGCAUUUUACCAAAA